AUGUCUUCAUUAUUAAAUCAAGGAGAACGUAACUCAGAUAGCGAUGGCGAUACAACAGAUGAAGAUAUUUGCUCAUUAGAUUCGUUAAAGUUACAGAUAUUUAAAGAACUAGGUUUCAAUGUAGCAAUAGAUAUAAAUAACAAAAGUGCAUCGACAUUAAAUGCAUCAACUUCUCAAGAAUACCAAUUUUUUAAACAGUAUAUUUUAUACAAAAGGGAACUGGAGAAAACUAAAAGAGAGGAAAUACGAAGACAAAAUUUGAUCAAAACAGAUCAGAUUAUUGAUAAAAUUAUACAGCAUAAAUUAAAUCCAGAUCUUUUGAAAGAAGUUUUCCAAUUUGAAAACACCAAAUACUCUAAUACAGGAACACGCCAUGUUGAUCCAACUCCCAAGGGGGAAAAAAGAAAGAAUAGAGAGGGUACCAAUCUGUUGUGUAGCGAUGAUGAAAAGCAGGAAACCGAAUAUACUCACACCAAUAUUUCUGUAACUAAUACCAGCAUUGCAUCUAAUGUUUCUGCUAAAGAAAUAAAUAGAAAGGGAAGGAAAAAAGUUGGGAUUAAUAAUUCAAAUAAAGAUAAGUAUAUUUCAACAACGGCAAAUACCCAUCAUAUAGAUAAAAAACGGAAAGGUUCAAAAUCAUCACAACAAAAAGAAAUUUUUGAAUCACCGCAAAGAUAUUUACAACUUAAUCAUCAUACUACUAACAAUACACCAAGACGGACACAACAGUAUUCCCAAGGUUCCUUCCCUCAAAUGGUACUCACUACCCCAUCCAUAUAUUAUCAACAGCAACAGCCGCAAACUCUAAUACCUCAAUCACAAUCAAUCCAGCAAGUAUAUCAUCCUCAUACUGUUCCACUGGCGCCGCAACCUCAUUUACAACAAAACUUAACUUCUCCUAAUGCACACAAGCUACCAUCAGUACAAUACUUACAAAAGCAACAGCAAGAUAUGCUGUUUAAUAACAACUCAGGAGGGAUGUUAUCUGGAAAGACUCAUAGAAGAACAAUGAGUGCCAAUAAUGUUCCUGUAAUGAGUACAUUCACUAUUAAUUCUACUGCAAACAGUAUCAUUAAUCCAAACCUUCAUACAAAUAAGUUAAAUAUGUCUUAUCAUUAUUAUUACCAACAGCAACAACAGCAACAACAGCAACAGCCUAAUCCUCAAUUACAUCCACCACCUUCCAUAUCCCUGCAUCAACAUGAAGGUAGAAGCACUGCUGAUUCCUCGACUUUGCAUUCUAAUAUAUCCAAUGAUAUGGAUAAUAUUAAUAGAAACCACAGUAAUAACAAUAUUUUUGGAGAUACUACAACCGCGACAGGAACAGAGUAUGAUAUAAAUCCUCGAAGGAGUAUUAGUAAUAAUCAAAGAAUGAAAAAAUGA